AUGAACGGGUUCGGGUCCCCCUACCUGUACGUGGGGGCCCCGGUGUCGCAGCCGCGGGCCCCGCUCCAGAGGACCCCGAAGUGCGCGCGCUGCCGGAACCACGGCGUGCUCUCGUGGCUCAAAGGCCACAAGCGGUACUGUCGCUUCAAGGACUGCACGUGCGAGAAGUGCAUCCUGAUCAUCGAGAGGCAGCGCGUGAUGGCUGCGCAGGUGGCGCUGCGCAGACAGCAGGCCAACGAGAGCCUGGACUCCCUGAUCCCCGAGGCCCUGCGGGUCCUGCCGGGGGUGGGCGGCCGGGGGGCCCCGCGGGGCCCCGACGAGCUGGACCUGAGCUGGAGCGGCCCGGAACCGCCGCGGAGCCGAACAGGUGGGAGAGCCGAACCCCUGGAGGACGGUCCAGACGGUCCAGACGGUCCAGAAGACGGUUCUGGACCAGAAAACGGGGGCAGCUCCAGUGAAAAGGAGCAGGAUCCGGCCAGCUCCCCGGAAGGAUCUAAACCCGGUUCCUGCUACACCCCGGACCCCCCAGAACCCUCAUCUCACCCGGAGGAGAGACGCCCCCCCAGAACUGGUGGCUCAGAGAAGGAGGUGGAGAGUCCCCCUCAGCGGUACGCCCCUGUGGACCAGGUGGUCCAAGGUCUCUCUGGGUCCAUCAGCCUCCCCCUCAGCCUCAGAACCAACCGUCCCCCCCUGGAGGUUCUAAAGAAGAUCUUCCCGUCUCACAAGCCCCCGGUGCUGGAUCUGAUUCUGCGGGGGUGUGGGGGGGACCUGGUGGGGGCCAUUGAGGUUCUGCUGUCCAGCCGGAACCCUGACGGGAGUGGACCUCCUCACAUAGACCCGCUCCCAGAAGGUCUGGUUCUGCCUCCGAAUGGACACCUGUUGGAUCCAGGUCUGGGCUCGUACCCCCACCCGGGCUCCUCCUCCAACAAGUGGUCUGUGGGCUCAGCCUUCCGGGUUCCGGACUCCCUGCGGUUUGGGUCAGAUCCGUCCCCGGGGGCGCUGGGGGUCCCGCUGCAGCACCCGUCCUUCCCCCAGCCGGGUCGGUACCCCCUGAUGCUGCGCAGCUCGCUCACACGCGCGCACGCCGGCCCGUUUGUGCACAACGACGUGACCCUGUGGGGGUCUGUGGCCCUGCAGCAGCAGUACCAGCUCCGGUCCGCGGCCCAGUACGUGUCCCCCUUCAGCCCCGGACCGGCCUCAGGACCCGCGGUGUUCCGAGGAUCCCCGCUGAUCCCGUCCAGAACCUCAGAGGAGCCGCGGGUCAACAUCCAGGAGGAGGCCUGCGUCAUGGGGUCCAAACCUGGACUCUACUCCCCCGAGGAGGAGUUCGAGGACCGCACAGAGUCUGCAGACACCCGGAUCCUGAACCGGACCCUGGACUCCUCCUGA